AUGACUGCUUCGGCGCAGUAUUACUUCUUCAUUGGGUCCGCCGGAGCGGCGGUCUUGACGCUGUUCAUAAACGCCUUCGCGAUUGUCUUCGCGCCAAUGGUGAAGCAGCUGCUGGUGAGCAGAAGGAUGAACGAAGAGGAUUUAGAGCGGAGGAUUCCGGCGAGGAGUUACCGGUGCAGAGAUGGGGAGGGAGAGAAGGAGUGCUCGGUGUGCUUGUCUGCGUUCUCGGACGGCCAGCGAGUUCGGCAAUUGCAGUGUGGCCAUGGCUUCCAUGCUUCUUGUAUUGAUAAGUGGUUGAGGUCGCCCGCCACGUGUCCAAUUUGCAGAGCUGAUGUCUUCCCCUCGGUGAGGGUCUGA